GGACAAGGAGCCUUGUAGUAGAGGGUGGGACAAGGCUCCUCCUCCCUCUCAACCAACCAGGACAAGUUCCGGGAAGGAGGGUAGCAUAUAAUUUGCCUCUUCACAGAGGGAGACAUUAGCAGGGGAAGGACUGCUUGCCUGCUGACCUCUCCUGGCCCAAGGAGAAAGGCCUGAGGUAAUUUGACCAUGCCUCCAAGUGGUGAGAUUGGACCCCAGUAGAUGCACUUGGGAGGACUUUGUUAGGAAGGUGUUGUUUGGAGUUUUGUUUGUUUGAUAGACUUUUGCUGCCAGUCUAGCUGAAGCUGGGCAAGAGUAAUUUAAAGGACCCAGCUAAGAGAAGACACUUAGGGGUGCAGCCUGCUACAAGCUCCUUUUCAUAAGAUGAUGAUACUAUCUCCCUAGACAUAGGUCGGCCUCUACACUAUAUCACCUCCAGCAUUGUCCUGUUUGAGUGGCAUAGGAGGCUCAGCAAACAAGAGAGAGAAGAACAUUUCCUGGGCUAUUUAACAUGGAUUGGUUAAUAGUGUGAGAAUAACAGUGAAAGCCAGAAGCUACUGAGUUUCAUCCCAGCUGACUUUCUCCGUGUCUUUUGAGCAAUUUCUUUGGCCAAAAUUUUCAUAGGUGGUUGCCUAGUGUUAGGCACCUAAAUAAAGGGCCUUAAUUUUCAGAGAUGCUAAGCAACCACAUCUCCAGCUGACUUUUGUACCAGUGGUGGGUGCUCAACACCUCAGCAAAUCAGGCCGUUUAUUUAGGCAUCCAAGUUUUAAAAUGCUAGACUUAACCAUAGUGCCUCAGUUUCUCCACUUGCAUGCUAGGAGUAACAUUACUGACCUCCCUCACAAAGGUGUUGUAAGGAGGAGUUAAUAUUUCUUUUUAAAGAGAAGUGCUCAGUGAAUGUAUAAUUCCAAACUGGGCUAUUAGGCAUGAGUAAAGAGUCCAUUCAGGUCAGAUCCAGCUCCCACUUUCCAAAGGGAACCCAGGGCACAACAUUAGUGUCAUGGAACCAAGAGGUUGUCACACUGAUGCAGGCCCUAAAGCAGCCAGGUUUGAAAAACUGCUUAUUACGUGAGCACUGCCUGUCCUGUGCACUCAGGGAGGCAGGGGUCCUUGAUAACAAUAGCACGUGAUCAUGUAGUUAAAAACUGUGUCCUACUACAUAUGCCCCAGGGGACUGAAUUAAGGUGGCAUGGUCAACCUUAAUUUUGGCCCCUCCCAACUUCUGAGUGCUUGACUUUGCAACCUUAUUAAUGUUUGGGGGAUUUUCUCCACCAACUAUUUAUUAUUUAGGAAGUCUUAACAUGUUUACAUAAUGUUCUUUUAAUGUAGUUUUUGUAUAUGUAUACACAAUGUUUAUAUACAAUUCAUUUUAUAUAAUAGAAUGAAAUUAAUUGAAUGAAAAAGUUGAAACAAAAUGUUUUUACUUUAUCAAAACAUUUCAACAUUAUAAAAACAAAAACAACAAAGUCAAAACAAUUCACUUGGGCUUUCUCCCAUCAAAAUGUUUAUCAUAAUCAACAUGUUCCCUUGAAGUGUUUUGUUUCAGCUACAUUUUCUGAUUGAAAAAUUUUUGAGGAAACUUUCCCCAUCCACUCUAUUCAGACCCUUUUAGAAUAUUGGGUGCACCUACAGUUAAACCUGUGGAAAGAGAGUAGAGUACAGAUCCAUGCAAAUGUACAAAUGAGUUUUUUCUGGCUCAUCACGGCAAUUUAAACCACAUUGUACAGCUAACGUUUACCCUAAAGAAGUUUUUCCAAUAUUGCUUCUCCAAAGGGGCAACAGCUGCUGGACAACAGUUGAGAUUAGUCCCAAGCAGGUCCUGUUAGUUUGGGAAGUGACAGGAACUGAGUUUGAGCCCCAGGGAUACUAUAACUUUUUUUUAAAAAUAUCAUAAAAUGUUGAUGUCAAAUGAUUUUUAAGGGUCUCGUGGGAACCCCUGGCUUAAAUGCCUUCAAAUUUGGACUAGUAACUCUAGCCUAGACCUCUAUGAGGCCCCGUAAUUUUCAAGACAAUCUGAAUAAACAUAUGGACUUUAGAGCACUUAGAAAAAUGGGCUAGACGGUAAAGUUGUCUCAGCCUUACAGUGGUGUUACAUCGUGCUAUAAUCCAGGACUUCUGUCUCCAGCAGAAGCUAAUUCAUCACUGCUGAAUUCACUUUUAAAAAAGAAAAACGUAAGAUAGUGUUUCAGCAUUAGCUAUCCAUAUAGGAACUGGGGUAGGCUAAAGAGAUCAAUGCACUUUAAACACUAUAGGAGUCAAUGUAUUAUGUAGGGACAAGUCCUGUGGAAUUGUACAGGAAGUAUGUGCUCAUGUACAUACAUAUGUAGAGAAACUGUCAUUUAAAACCUGCUUCUCCCACCCUCCCACCUGCUGGAACGGGCUUGUAUUAAAUAUUAACAAACUUUGUCCAUCAGUUCCCUGGGCCUCUUUUAACAACAGACUUAUUACAACAGCUUUUCUCCCUCCCACAUUGCUUUUGUCAGCAUUGCCAAUUCUGAAACCUAAGAUUGUUUUUCCUGUAACUCUGCCUGCACUGCCUUAUUGCUUCUCUUGCUGUGCAGUUGCUCUCUACCUUUCUCACUCUCUCACUGGGACCAUUGAUGCUACCUAUCUGCCUUUGGCCAUUGUAGGCAGCUUGUACUGCUACUCACAAUUGCCCAAUGAAAAUAUAUUAAAGGGGAGGGAGAAGAGCGAAACAAAAAUACAAAGCCAGAGAGAGCCCCUGUAGUAGGAGUGGAAGACAGAAGAGCAGGUGGAAGGGGUGAUGAGCAUGGCCAGUAAGUCCAGAGAUUUGCCUCGAGUUACCUUCCAGGCUCCAGAGAAGCCUGGGGAGGAAUCAUCCCACAAGAAACUGGGCAAGCUAACAGUUAAGUACAACCGCAAAGACCUUCAACGCUGGCUAGACCUGGAGGAAUGGAUUGAUGCCCAGUUGCAGGAGCUGUACCAAUACCAGCUGCAGGAGGAAGCAGACGCAGCAACCCCUGAACCAGAAAUUGACAUUGAAGAUCUUCUAGAGGUCUCCAACGAGGAACAGAAAUCAAAACUACAGGAAAUUCUUCAUGAGUGUUCCAGACCUACAGAGGACUUCAUUACGGAACUGCUCAGUCGACUGCAAGGUCUCAGGAAAAUCCCUCAAAGGAAAUGAUCCUAUCCAUCAUGAGAGACACCCCCCUUCCAUCCUGUAUCGCUCACAUGGAAGCGGGCGUCUCCCCAGGACAGAGAAUCAGAUUCACAUGGGAAGAUCAUUUUACAGUUUUUCUAGGACUUGGUGUUCUGAGAAGCAUCUUAGAUGUUUUUAGCAUCACAUUCCAGCUUCAUGUUCACAGGGAGGGGCUUGUGUGUAUCUUGCUGAUAUUUAAAGAGCUGUUACGUUAAGGGAGAGGGCAGAUCCCCUUUUCUUUUUCAUUCAUUUUCUUUUUGAAGGAACCUCUCCUUUGGCUGAGGCUUGGACAUAGCUCCCUUUGGAGUCAUUCAGGGCUGCUCCUGCUGCCCAGUGACAGAAGGGAGAAAGAAGGCAUUGGCUGUUAUCCACCCUUCACCAGGGACAGGGAGGUGCUAGUCCACUGUUCCCAGCCCCUGCCUGUGAACAGACCUCCUGGCUCUAGGCCAGCACAUGGACAAAGGGUCACUUCUUAUAUUUUUCUAGUCACUGUUUUUAUUAAUCAUCCCACCCUGUUGGAAAGCUGGGCAGAAAAUACACUCCCUGGAGCUUUUCCUUCCAUCCUACUAUAUAUCCCACAGGUUGAUUAAUAUUUGUAGGCCAUACAACUUUUUAAUGCGCUAGCAGCACCUCAAACAAAUACGAGGACCUGCAAUGGAUUUUUAAGGGACUGUCCAGCUGCCUGUGUAAGGGCAUUUUGAAAGAUGCUCAAUUUGUAUAUUAAAAUGCAAAGAAACCCAGA